AUGCCGCCAACUAAUGGCAAGCGAUAUCUCACGUCUACCGCGGUCUUUUUCAACGAGGUUGUCAAACUUGCCAUCUCUCUUACCAUAGCAUUAUACGAAGUUUCCAAAACGGCGCCCCCAUCAGUUCCUGCAACAUCUCUUUUCUUCUCCCUCACGUCUGCUGUUUUCUCUGGCGACAGUUGGAAGCUCGCAAUCCCCGCCAGCCUCUAUACACUUGCGAAUUCAUUACAAUACGUCGCUCUCUCGAAUUUGCAGGCCGCACCCUUCCAAGUAACAUACCAGCUGAAACUUAUCGCGACCGCCAUCUUUAGCGUGAUUUUACUGAACAGGAGCAUUUCACUGCGCAGGUGGGGUUUACUGUUGCUCUUGCUGGUGGGUGUUGGGCUUGUGCAGAUACCCAUUAGCAGUACCGGGGAUGUUUCUCUCCAAGAUGAGGCAGCCGCCCACCAUGCCUUUCCGCGGUCGCUGGAAGAAUGGAAGGCGGCCAAGCUGGAUCGGCCAAAUCUCCAUAAACGUUCGGCAACGUAUGAGGGUAUUGAAGAGGAUAUGAUGACCGCCUUUCCGCGAAUGAAUGCAGUUGUUGGUCUCCUAGCGACUCUUGGCGCGUGCGUCGCAUCUAGCCUUGCCGGUGUAUAUUUCGAAAAGGUACUGAAGGAUAGUGCGAAGUCGACCUCGCUUUGGGUCCGCAACGUCCAGCUGGCCGUAUACUCUGUAUUCCCUGCAUUGUUCAUCGGUGUUGUCUUCUUGGACGGCGAAAAGAUUGCUGCCAACGGCUUCUUUGGGGGGUAUAAUUGGGCCGUGUGGUCUACCGUGGUUGCUCAAGCAAUCGGAGGAAUUGCAACAUCUUUCUGUAUUGGCCAUGCAUACCGAGAUGCAAAAAAUGUUGCUACUGCUACUAGCAUCUUUCUCACUACGUUAGGAAGCAUCUGGCUCUUUGAGUUUGAGUUAACUGGUAAUUUUAUUCUCGGAACGUUUGCAGUGCUUGUGGCUACCUAUCUUUGCGAAGACCCAAGUUCGGCUUCCAGUACCAGCAAGCGCCAGGGACCUCGACCGCCACCGAUUCGUAUUGAUCAGUAUGAGAAAGACUCCAAAAGUGAUGAUGUUUCGCCCGUGUCCCCUCCGCCGAACGAGUUUUCCAUUAAACUCCCCGGAACGCCGUUCCUUUCUGAUGCCGGCCUGUCGACCUCUAGGCCUACGUCACCAGGGCAUGUUAGGGUUAAUGCAGCCCGGACCGCCAGCGGUGGUUAUUUCGAUAAGCAGCUACGAGACCAGUGA